UCUAAAUGUUGCAUGUAUUUUUCACCAUAUGGUUACAUAUUUCUCGACAAUUCCUUAAAUGGCUUUCAUGGUUUCAUGAUUUCAUCAUAUCAGGACUUGUAGGUUUUUGAAAGGCUUCUAUUUGUCGUCUUAAAAAAGAGGCUCGUUCUGAUGAGACGUUCGCCCAGCCAAUCCAAGCGAUUCGUUUGAAAAGCAACCGAAACUGUGAACUCAUUCAUAUGCAAGUUUUCCGUAUUCGUUCUGUAUAUGAAAUGCGUCACUUCGCAUCGAUUAAAUGUGCUGUUUGUCGAUGUCAUCGCCAUCCAACAAAAAGAUUACUUUCUUCCGUUUUGAAGCGUUAACUGGAACUAAUGCUCAGUUGCAGGGAAACUGUUGAAGGCGUAACGUUCCUUUUCAAAUAGUACAAUUUACUUUUUUUCUAUGUGGAUACAUAUAUCUUUUCGUUCUGUAGCUUACGGUCAAACUGAGUUCGGAAACAUAUUUCUUGAAGAAUUUCCCACACCUGCUCAUUUAGUGAAAGCUAAUCAAGGGCAAUCGCAUAAAAUUCAAAUAUCAUUCGCAAUUAACUAAUGCAUAGUGAGUGGUUCCAGUGUUUAAUUACCUCGGGAUGUUACCUACUUGCUCAGGAUCUUUUUAUGAAUGUAUAGGAAUAAGUGGCACUGAGUUUGCAUAGACACUCAGUUAAAAGUAAUAGGGAAUAUUAAGAGUUAUUCCCUCAGAAUCAAUAAAAUAAUAAAUGAAUGAUUCAAUAAAAAGUAACAUUUGCCGUAAAAUUUCAAAUUAUCUCAGUUUUAAUAACAAAAUGGGGACAUUUUGUUCUUUAUAAAUUAUAAAGAUAGAGAAUGCUUUUCGUGAGUGUUUUGAAGUGAACCUAAAAGGAGUGCCUUCUGAUCUCUGUGAAAUUUACUUUACAUGUAAAAGGUCGCAAGAAAUUCGUAUUGUGAAACAGUUGCAAUUUUUUAGUAAAACAAUAGAAUGAAACGCUGAACACCUCUUCCUUUUAUUCUGGAUUAACUGGUUAUGCCCAAUAAAACCCACGUAAUGCGCGCCAACAGCCUGGAGAUGAUUCCGAGCCUGAAAAUCUCAAACGGAUCUGCCUCGAGUGACCUGCAAUCUGAGCCGAAACAAUACAGACGAGUAAAUUUUUUGUGGCUGCUGCAUAUGCUGAGGAGGAGUACCUCUCCUGCGAUACAGAGUGACUGCGAAUUGGCACCAGGAUCUGAUGGUAGCGAGCUCCAAACUAUUCUUGCUCCAAAUAAUGAAAAGGAAGCUCCAGACGUCUGUUUGCUAAAAGACAGCCCAUUCAGGAUUUUGCGGGCUGCGGAGUCCGGUAACCUUGACGACUUCGCAAGACUUUUUCAAGGGGACAACACUAGGCUUUCAAUUCGCGAUGGCAAAGGACGAACGGCAGCUCAUCAAGCAGCUGCACGUAAUCGGGUUAACAUUCUACAAUUUAUACGUGACCAACAAGGCGAUCUCAACGCCCAGGAUGCUGCGGGGAACACACCCCUUCACAUAGCAGUGGAGAAUGAUUCUUACGAUGCAUUAGACUAUCUGUUGUCUAUACAUGUCAACACAGGGAUUUUGAACGAGAAGAAGCAGGCCCCCAUUCACUUGGCCACUGAGACCAAUAAAGUCAAAGCGCUUCAAAUCAUGGGCAAAUACCGGAACAUAAUCGAUAUACAACGUGGGGGAGAACACGGCCGUACAGCGCUGCACUUGGCUGCCAUUUACGAUCACGAGGAGUGUGCGCGGAUCCUGAUCACUGAGUUCGGUGCAUGCCCACGUAAACCGUGCAAUAAUGGUUACUAUCCUAUUCACGAAGCAGCUAAAAAUGCUAGCUCAAAAACUAUGGAAGUGUUUUUUCAGUGGGGUGAAUCGCAAGGGUGUACACGUGAGGAGAUGAUAUCUUUUUAUGAUUCAGAAGGCAAUGUGCCUUUGCACUCCGCUGUCCACGGAGGGGAUAUAAAAGCUGUUGAACUAUGCCUAAAAUCAGGAGCGAAGAUAUCUACCCAGCAACAUGAUUUAUCAACGCCGGUACACUUAGCUUGUGCGCAGGGAGCUAUAGACAUCGUUAAGCUAAUGUUUACUAUGCAGCCUCAAGAGAAGCGUAUCUGCCUAGGAUGCACAGAUGUCCAAAAAAUGACUCCACUGCACUGCGCUUCAAUGUUUGACCAUCCAGAAAUCGUAGAAUACUUAGUGUGUGAAGGCGCCGACAUGAAUGCCUUAGAUAAAGAACAUAGAUCUCCACUUCUACUGGCAGCAUCUCGAAGCGGAUGGAAAACAGUACUUUGUUUAAUACGAUUAGGAGCGCGCAUCAAUAUGAAGGACGUUAAUAAUCGCAACAUCCUGCACUUUGUCAUAAUGAAUGGCGGACGCUUGGGAGAAUUUGCUGAAGAAGUCGGUAAGACACAAUCGAAAGCACAACUCGUUCAACUCUUGAAUGAGAAAGACAAUACGGGCUGUUCGCCAUUACAUUAUGCCAGCCGAGAAGGCCACAUUCGAUCUUUAGAAAAUCUAAUACGCCUCGGUGCUUGUAUCAAUCUCAAGAAUAACAACAACGAAAGCCCUUUGCACUUUGCUGCAAGAUACGGGCGUUUCAAUACAGUCAAACAGCUACUAGAUUCAGAAAAAGGGACAUUCAUCAUUAAUGAAAGCGAUGGAGAGGGCUUGACUCCUUUACAUAUUGCUUCGCAACAAGGCCAUACUAGAGUAGUUCAACUGCUCUUAAAUAGAGGAGCUCUUCUUCAUCGCGAUCACAAUGGACGCAAUCCCCUACACUUAGCGGCUAUGUCCGGCUAUACACAAACCAUUGAACUACUUCAUUCAGUGCACUCCCAUUUAUUAGACCAGGUGGAUAAAGAUGGGAACACAGCCUUACAUCUCGCAACGAUGGAGAACAAACCAAAUGCAGUUGCUGUUUUACUAUCCAUGGGCUGCAAGCUUCUGUAUAACUACAUGGACAUGAGUGCAAUCGACUAUGCCAUUUACUAUAAAUAUCCAGAAGCUGCUUUGGCUAUGGUGACACACGAGAAUCGUGCCAGUGAAGUAAUGGCAAUGAAGUCCGAUAAGCAUCCAUGCGUAACCCUAGCAUUAAUCGCAUCCAUGCCUCGAGUGUUUGAGGCUGUCCAGGACAAAUGUAUUUCAAAGGCCAAUUGUAAAAAGGACUCCAAGAGCUUUUAUAUUAAAUAUUCGUUCUCUUGUCUUCAAUGCCCAUCAAUAUACGCUCAAGUUGACGAGCGAACUGGAGAAGCAGUUGCGAUAAGUGAACCAAUUCCAUUGCCAGCAUUAAAUAUAAAAUAUUCGUUUUGGCCGUAUCAAAAAUCAAAAGAACAAAUCGAAUUAAAACGCUUGACACUGAAUGAUCCUAACUGGAGACCGCAGCCCUUACUUGUAAUAAACACAAUGGUCAGCCAUGGCCGAGUUGAACUCCUCGCCCAUCCACUCAGCCAAAAAUACCUUCAAAUGAAAUGGAACUCAUACGGGAAGUAUUUUCACCUAGCAAAUCUCCUUUUCUAUAGUGUAUUCCUAAUUUUUGUAACCAUAUAUUCAUCACAAAUGAUGAAUCACAUUGAGCAACGAAACGUUACGCAAUUUUUUGAAUCAAUUAUGAUCGAUUCUAAUGGAGUGAUGCUCAUUACACCGAAGGAAUAUAUCAGCAAGAACACGGUCAUCGUUGUUUCAGCAAUCGGAAUCAUCGCCUACAUCAUAUUGAACUCUAUUCGCGAAGCAGUUCAAAUUUAUCAACAGAAGAUCCAUUAUAUCCUGGAAGUGGUCAAUAUAAUUUCGUGGAUCCUACAUAUCUCAGCGUUAAUGAUGGUUCUACCCGUAUUCAGUGCAAACAAUGAAGUCACCACCAUACACUAUUCAGCGGCUUCAAUUACGGUGUUCUUAUCGUGGUUUAAAUUGCUUCUCUUCCUCCAAAGAUUCGAUCAGGUGGGGAUCUACGUGGUAAUGUUCCUUGAGAUUCUCCAAACGUUGAUUAAAGUAUUGUUGGUUUUCUCUAUUUUAAUAAUUGCGUUUGGAUUAGCAUUCUUCAUACUUCUCUCGAAGAUUGCCAGCGAUCAAGCAAAUCAUCUAUCUUUCUCAAAUAUACCAAUGUCGCUGAUGAGAACAUUCUCAAUGAUGUUAGGUGAAUUGGAUUUUGUCGGCACUUAUGUUAAUCCUUUCUACAAUAACCAGCUGAAGCUAGCGAUUCCAUCUUUCGUUAUUCUGAGUCUCUUUAUGAUUCUGAUGCCCAUUCUCCUGAUGAACCUGCUCAUCGGUUUGGCUGUAGGCGAUAUUGAGUCAGUUCGGAGAAAUGCUCAAUUGAAGCGAUUAGCUAUGCAGGUAGUUCUACACACUGAACUGGAACGAAAACUGCCUCAAAUGUGGCUUGAGAAAGUUGACAAAAUGGAGUUAAUCGAGUAUCCCAACCAUACCAAGUGUAAAUUGGGAUUUUUAGAUUCGGUUCUUCGUAAAUGGUUUUAUAAUCCCUUCAGUGAAGAUAGUUCGUCAAUUCAAGGUGCAAUGGAUAUGGCUCUCGAUACAAACGACGAUUUCAUAGACACAGAAAUAGCAAAGCAGAAACGAAAACUUAAGGAAAUCAGUAGAGUUUUGGAACAACAGCAUCAACUUCUGCGUUUAAUUGUUCAAAAAAUGGAAAUAAAAACGGAAGCAGACGAUGUCGACGAAGGCGUAUCCCCUUCAGAGCUACGUCCUUUAAGCGCUUACAGCACGGGCACAUCCAGAUGGACCUCCCCGCGAAUCCGCAAGAAACUGGCAGCUGCACUGAGCUUCAAUAAAAGCAUGGGUUAAUCAAAAUAUUGAUGUUAAUGUUAAUUCAAUGUUUACAUGUGUUUAUAAAUGUCUUGGAAAAAUUAUUUUACAAAUUAUUGAUUCAUGUAUUUUUCUGUCACCAAGAACGUCAGCUACAUAAAAACGUUGAUUUCAGGAAAUAAUUUACCAGAACAAUAAAUGUUAUGUUUUCAUUGUUUGUUUUAAAUAAAAUGAUUCAUAUGACACCUCUA